AUGUCAGCCUCCAAUAUCACCUCAACCCAUCCAGCAGUGUUCUUGUUGAUAGGAAUUCCAGGUUUGGAACACUUACACUGCCCAGCCUAUACUCUGGCCCUGCUUGGCAACUGCACUCUUCUCUUCAUCAUCCAAGCUGAGGCAGCCCUCCAUGAGCCCAUGUACUUCUUUCUGGCCAUGUUGUCAACCAUUGAUGUAGUCCUUUCUUCUUCAACACUUCCCAAAAUGCUGGCUAUUUUUUGGUUCAGAGAUCAGGAGAUCAACUUCUCUGCCUGUCUGGUCCAGAUGUUCUUUCUUCACUCCUUCUCUAUCAUGGAGUCAGCAGUGCUGCUAGCCAUGGCCUUUGACCGCUAUGUGGCCAUUUGCAAGCCACUGCACUACACCACGGUCCUCACCAGGCCCCUUAUUACCAAGAUUGGCAUGGCUGCUGUGAUUCGGGCUGUGGCAUUAAUGACUCCACUCCCCUUUUUGCUCAGACGCUUCCACUACUGCCGAGGCCCCAUCAUUGCCCACUGCUACUGUGAGCACAUGGCUGUGGUAAGGCUGGCCUGUGGGGACACUCGCUUCAACAAUAUCUAUGGCAUUGCCGUGGCCAUGUUUAUUGUGGUGUUGGACCUGCUCUUUGUUAUCCUGUCUUAUAUCUUCAUCCUUCGGGCAGUUCUACAGCUUGCCUCUCAGGAGGCCCGCUACAAAGCCUUUGGAACAUGUGUGUCUCACAUAGGUGCCAUCUUAGCCUUCUACACACCUGUGGUCGUCUCCUCAGUCAUGCACCGUGUGGCUCGCCGAGCUGCCCCUCAUGUCCACAUACUUCUUGCUAUCUUCUAUCUUCUUUUCCCACCCAUGGUCAAUCCUAUCAUCUAUGGGGUCAAGACCAAGCAGAUUCGUGAUCAUGUGCUCAGUCUAUUCGGGAGAAAGGAUGUGUAA